UGAUUGACUGUAUCAAAAUGAAAUAAAACAGAGAGCGAGAGCGAGUGAACGAAAGGGAGUAGGAGCAAGAGAGCGAGAAAAAAGAACGAGCGGAGAGACCAGAAAAAAAGUGGGAGAGAAAAAAAUUGAAGACAAUAUGGCCGCGCCUGGGUGUUAUGGGUAGUGUGUAAUAUUCGAAAAGCCUGAUAUUCGCGACUGGUAAACAAUAAUGUGCCCGGAGUUGUGUUAACAUUAACGUAGCCACUCUGACACAUAAAUUAACGAAUGGGCGGGCAAGUUUAUACGUAACGUUGGAAGGAUGCUAGGCGUCGGGAGCGUGGUCAACGUUUACCGUUUUUUCCUCCACAAUAACUCAUUGAGAUAAAUCUACCUUAGGAGGGUUUCCUAAUCCUUCAUUGUUCGCUGAUACUACUCGUCUAAUAGUUGCGCAAUUAAAUGAAUCCGUGACACUCCGCUGAUCCUCGCAAAUGACGCAUUGGCAUGGCUACUAGAGGGGUGGAAGGUAGCACUUUACUGAGACUUGGAGACUGACAGUGGUUAAAACACUGGAGAAAGACGGUGGAGCUUUGGAGGAGGGGGAGAUGUCUGCUGGUACCCAAGGCGAGAUUCGGGUCGGUCCAUCCCACCAGGAGUUGGUUUCUUGCCAGGCCCGGUUGCCUGAGUACAGGCCGGGCAUCCCUCCUGGAGAUCUUCAUCCGGAUCCUGAGUUCUCCAAAGAACGUGAGGAACUACGAUGGGUCCCGGCCAUGGCUUUGGACGGAGAUCUGUUGAUGUACUUAAGAGCUGCCCGAUCUAUGGCUGCCUUUGCAGGAAUGUGUGACGGCGGAUCUCCCGAUGACGGUUGUGUAGCUGCCUCGCGAGACGACACUACGAUCAACGCUCUGGACAUUUUACAUGACUCUGGCUACGACCCUGGCAGGGCACUUCAAGCACUAGUCAAAUGUCCCGUACCCAAAGGGAUUGACAAAAAGUGGUCCGAAGAAGAAACUAAACGUUUCGUAAAGGGUCUUCGUCAGUUUGGAAAGAAUUUCUUUCGCAUCAGGAAGGAUUUACUGCCUCACAAAGAUACGCCUGAACUAGUCGAGUUCUACUACCUGUGGAAGAAGACGCCUGGCGCGAAUAAUAACCGACCCCACAGACGACGCAGGCAAGGUUCAUUGCGCAGAAUUCGAAACACUCGUAACUCUCGGGCUGGUACUCCCAAGGAGGAGAUACCAACCCCAACAAAGGACACUUCUCCCGUGGCGCCAAACCCCAAGGAGCCAGCAUCCGAACCAGAAAUAGCACCUGUCGGCACGCCAGCUAGCAAUAAUCCAGGUGGCGAAGUCAGUUCAGUUACGGAAGAUGAUAAUUCGGAAGAGGAUAGCGAUUCCAGGGACACGAAUACAAACGGGACUGCGCAAUCCUGUCAACACUGCUUUUCGACCAAUUCAAAAGACUACCAGAUCGCUGGUAAGGACAGGCUGUUACUUUGCGCCGAAUGUCGCGCGCAUAUGAAGAAAACCGGAGAACUUCCACCCGCUCCUCCGUACCUCUUUCGCCCAGUGCCGGCCGAAUCUCCCGACAGUCCAGGCAGGAUGAGAACUCGCAAUAAGGCCAAAGAAACGCCGAGACCCGCACGACCAAGGAGAGCCGGUGGAACCGAUACGCCUGAUCAGGAGAAACAGCAACAGCAGCAACAGACUCCGGAUAAGACAAAGAAGAAAUCAUCUGGCAAAUCAGAGACACCGAGAAAGGGACAGAAGCGUUCACAAGCCGACGAUCCUGAGGAGGACAAGGAAUUGCAAAAGCGCAAGCGUGGCGAGAGGCCGGAAAGUCCAUCCGAAUCUCUUACUACGGACAGUAACUCGUUGAUGGAUGAACCCGAGCGGGAGACCGAGGGUGAAACGAACGAUAAUCAUUCGGUCCCGGUUGCUGUCCAAGUCGACGAACCUCCCAGUCCUGUUUUAACCACGCCGGAAGAAGCGCUGGAGCCAACUCCAGUUUCAACGCCGGUUCCACCACCCAUUCAAAGUUUGCCGAUAUCGGUUCCGGUUAUUCACGCCAUAGAAAAACAACCGAUCAUAGAAGAAUUGCCAGAGACCAAAGAACAGUUGGAAGAAAUGCCGAUGAUGAUGAACCAGCCUUUGAAAUUGGUUGAGGUCCUUCCUCAUAUGGAGAGAAACAUGUCCCCGGUCGUCGAAGAUUCCAAGGAAAUGAUUCAGCCCAUGAAUGCCGGCAACCAGCAGCCAAUGAACAACAUCGGUGACAUCGGUCCCUGUAUACGAAAUUUAUCACAACCUGGUAUGGUGAGCGGCCAGAAUUGUGCCCCGAACUUGCAGACUCUUCAGGUACCCCCUCAACCUCCGCAAGUCAUGCCCCUAAAUAUGCAGCAUCCCCUGCCAAAUAUACCGGCUAGCCAAAACGUACCACAGAAUUUAUCCCAAAAUCUGCACGUAUCGUCAAAUUUAGCUCAAAAUAUGGGAAACCCACAGAACAUGGUUGGCCCUUCGAGUAUGGGGAAUCCCCACGGAAUACAGCAGAACAUGUCUGCGUCCUCGCUUAAUCUUAGCAUACCCCAAAACCUCUCCACCAACAUCUCGCAGAUACCGCAACUAUCGAAUUCGCCGCAGCCCUUAGGCCUGCCUGUUUUACCUCCUGACAUCAGAAUGCCGGAGAGAAUAGCCGAGGAUAGAAUGCCACAGGAGAGACACAGAGACAGCAGAAUGCACGACAGAAUGUCGGACAGGCUACAGGAACAGCGGCAAGACGGAAACGGAGAACUGGAUAGAACCGAGCCUCAGAAUUUGUUCCAGCCGAUUCCUCCGCCCCAGAGUAUGAUGCCCUUGGAGAAGCCUCCGACCAUCGCACCUUAUUCAUUGGUACCCACGCCCCCUAUGGAACCACAGAAUUUGAAGAUAAAGCAGGAAAUUAUUCCUCCUGAACCUGACCCGUUGCAGAGCUUGAAAGAGGUGAAAGUCCCUGGAUUUCAAACUGGAUUCCCUGGCCCAAGUUUGGAAAACAUCAAGAAGGAUCCCGAUAGCUCGAGCAAGCCCCCGACGCCCAGCAAACAUCCUUUGGUGCAAAAUAGCCAACAGGUUGCUCAGAUUCAGUCAGUUGCUGCUUCCCCAACUCCGAGUUUGCCACCGCCACCGACGUCCAUUCCGCAGCCAGUGAUGCACCCCUCGCAGCAGCCGAGUCCGCACAUGGCUCACCCAUUCCAUCCUCACCACCCGUUCAUUCAUCACUCGUUGUUAGCAGCAAUGCAUCCCUACCAUCACGGCGGAAUGGCUUACCCCGGUUAUCCACCUGUCGGAUCGUAUCCCCCAUUCCCUGCCUAUCCUUACGGCCCAGUUCCUCAUGCUAUUCCGCCCCCUUCUCCACAAAGAAGCCAAGAGAGCACGACGAUGAUGACUGCUCAUCACUCCAGCACUAGCUCCAGUGUUACUAGAGACGAGGGUGAUAAUUUGAUCGCCACACAUCAUCACUCGUCCAGUAUGCAUCAGGCAACGACGUUGCAUCACGACAAACUUCUGACUAUAUCCUCACACAGUUCGCACAGUCAUUCGCAUAGCCAAUCUUCGCACAGCUCUCACAAUGCCCAACGGAAGCCCGCUCUUGUGUCGGCCUGUUUAACGUCCAGCAGCUCUGUCCACCAUCAUCAUCGACCGCCUCAGUUGCAGCCUCCUAUUCCGCCGGAGCCGAAACCUGAGCCAGAAAUGGUGGAACCUGAGCCUGAGGAGCCUCCAAGUCCUCGGGGUCCGUCACCGGAGCCGCAGAUGGAGGAUUCCGAGUGUCACAGAUCUCAGUCAGCCAUUUUUCUCCGGCAUUGGAAUCGCGGUGAGAAUAAUUCUUGCACUAGGACUGAUCUUACAUUCAAACCGGUACCGGAUUCAAAACUGGCGAGAAAACGUGAAGAGAGAACAAGGAAGGAGAGGGAACGUGAGGCGGAGAGGGAGCGAGAUAGAGCAGCCGCUCAACAGGUUAGAAAAAUGUCAACUCCCGAAAAACAACCGGAACCUUGCAAGCCACCAAGUCGAGGGCCUCUAGAACCUGUUGUAUCUCCUUACGACCGCUACGCGGCUAGGCCAGGAUCUUACGUUGACACCCCAGCGCUUAGGCAGUUGUCCGAAUACGCGAGACCUCACGCUGCAUUUUCCCCUGCGAGGCAUCCUGGUCCACCUGAUCCGAUGCUGCACUACAUGUAUGGUCCGGUAGCGAGGGAGCGCCUCGAAUUGGAACAUCUGGAGCGGGAAAAAAGAGAGCGGGAAAUCAGGGAGCUUAGAGAUCGCGAACUAAACGACAGGUUCAAGGAGGAACUGCUCAAGGGAGGCCCCAGGUCCAUACCUGGUAGUGUGGAUCCGCACUGGCUGGAAAUGCAUCGACGAUACGCCGCUGCUGCUGGUCUCGCUGGUCCCGGUCCUUCCGGUCCUCCCCAAGCAUUGCAUCAGUUCAGUCUCUACGGCGCUCCUCCAGGUCCUAGCCAAUUGGAGAGGGAACGUCUAGAACGAUUAGGGAUACCGACGGCAGCCGGCGGGGGGCCAGCAGGGGGAGGGGGCGGUCAUCCAGCUCACCAUCACGGCCAGCUGGACGAGCGGCUGGCUCUGGCUGCUGACCCGAUGGUCCGGUUGCAGAUGGCUGGCAUCUCGCCCGAGUAUCACGCUCACACUCACGCGCAUACGCACGCGCACACUCACUUGCACCUACAUCCGGGACAGCAGCAGGCCGCUCAGCAACAGGCUCAGCAACAGCAGGAAGCAGCUGCUGCUGCCGCUGGAUUCCCCCUGCCUGCCGCCGCUGGCGCUAAUUACCCCAGGCCAGGACUCAUGUCUCGUGAUCCCUCGCUCGGCCUGCAUCCUGCCGAUCUCCUUGGUCGACCUUAUGCUGAAAUGGCUGUGCAUCAGGAACAGCUUCAGCGUCACUUAAUGAUGGAGCGUGAACGUUAUCCUCAUCAUCCUUCGUUUGUUGCCCAUCACGAAGACUACCUAAGGUUUGUGUUGCAACAACGUGAACGUGAGUUAAAGGUACGCGCUUUGGAAGAAGCUGCGCGAGGAUCACGGCCUUGAGUAAAUUUCUACUUCUAUUUUAAUUGUUUUGAAAAGUUAGGGACGCAAGUAGCAUAGUUAUAAGAAAGUAUGCAUGUCAUUAUGCUAGUAAAAUGCAAAAAUUUUUUACGAACUUUUGUACAUUUAUUUCUUUUUUUUUUAUUUUCUCUUUACAAACAACUCAAAGCAAUGUACGGUUGUAUAGCACACGCGCUGAGACAGCAAUAUUCGUCAGCUGUCUUCACCACUGCCUUCUUUUAUCGUUAUACCAUAAGAAUUUGACACAUUCACAAAUAGAUAUUAUCUUCAUUGGACGAAUCACGACAGUUUUUGUCUUUUUUUCUCCUUUCACAAUGUAACUGUUCAAGUUAAAAUGUAAUAAUUGAGACUCGCGAACAAAGUCUAAACACAGGGUUAAUUACUUUUUUCUGGAAUUUGCAGAAAUUCUAGUGGUAAAUUUUUUUUGCGUAUUUUCCUAACGUUAACGCUUUUUAAUUUAUUUUUAGUACUCUGAAAAAAGAAAUUUUCUAACCAAGCUUGAUUAAAAUUUGAUUUAUUCAAGUGCUCGGCAAAUGGCAUUCGGUAAUGCUAAACAAUCAUGUGUAAAGUAUUAUUUUGUUCAGUUCCAAGUUUUCAAGAUGAGAACUAGCACAGUGACAUAAUACCGUAUAAUAAUUAUUACCUAGUAAUAUAAAAUAAUGAAUAUAUAUAGUAAUAAUCAUGAUAAUGUUUAAACGAAACAAAAUGAUUGAGCAAUGUUAUUUAUUUUUUUAUUUACAAACGAUGCAGAUAGCAGAUAGCAGAAUAAGGAUUGCCGGAAUAUUUUUUAAUUAGCAAAAAAAAAAAAAACUAAUAAAACUUCAGUACAGCUCUGUACCGUAUACAACACAAUAAUAGGAAUAAUAAUAAGAAUAAUAGUAUUGAUAAGAAUAAUGAUAGUGAGUAUAAUCACACAGAAAAUAUACAUAUACAUACAUAUUAUUAUAUCAUAAUAGCAAAAAAUUACUUUACAUGAACAUAAAUACCUACAUACAAACAUACAUGAUUAUACGUAUACAUAGACAACAAGUAACAUAAAAAAGGGGAGAUAAAGAACACAAUUUAAAUUACCUAAGUAAAAUUAUUUGAUAGAAAAAACAGCUGAUGCGUGUGCAAAUGAUUGCAGUAUCUGUAGUCAUUGGGUGAAAAAGUACCAACAAACCAGGAAGAAAAAUAUUUAUCAAAAGAAAAAAACAAAACAAGGAAGAAGGAAGCUAUAAUACUGUAUUGUAUGUACCGAAUGGUUUAACUCUAAAUUUUAUAAAAAUACAUGAAUACUUCGACCGAA